UAACAAAGUUGGCAGUAAUGUGCGUUGCAUGACUUCGCCUGACUGCGUGUUGUUAUGCGCAAAGAAUGCGCAGCGUUGUAUGCCUCCAACACAAAUCUCUCCGUCUGCAUGUUCAAGGCAAGGGUGUGUCAGUGUACGUUUAAUCUACUGGUUGACACGAAGGUUUGUCUUGACUGAAUAAUUUCAAAGUUGAUCAGCCGUCAUGUGUUGCGCGAUGAAUACUACAGUAGCAGUAACAGUUGGAGUAGUGGUGGUCUCAACAGCAGGUGUACUGGGUUAUCUUUAUCUAAACAGGAAAAGGAAACCAAAGAUUACACUAAUUGAUCCCUCUGAAAAAUACAAACUGAGGCUCAUAGAUAAAGAGAUUUUAAGUCAUGAUACCCGCAAAUUUCGAUUUGCUUUGCCUAGCCCAGAGCACGUGCUGGGUUUACCAGUAGGCAAGCAUGUUUAUCUCUCUGCCAGGAUUGAUGGUGCGUUGAUUGUGCGCCCCUAUACGCCGGUGACCAGCGAUGAUGACAAAGGAUAUGUUGACCUUGUUGUUAAGAUUUAUUUUAACAACGUGCACCCCAAAUUUCCUGAAGGGGGGAAGAUGUCCCAAUACCUGGAAAGCUUGAGGAUUGGAGACAUGAUCGACUUCAGAGGACCGGGAGGUUUGCUGGAGUACAAAGGGCAAGGUCGAUUUGCUAUACAGGCUGAUAAAAAGGCUGCUGCUGAGAUUAAGGUUGCAAAAGCGCUGGGACUUAUAGCUGGAGGAACGGGCAUAACUCCUCUGUUGCAGCUUAUUCGUGAUAUCAUGAAGAAUCCAAGUGAUACAACUACGUGCCACCUGCUGUUUGCCAACCAGACUGAGAGGGACAUUCUGCUAAAGGAUGAGCUGGAAGAGAUUCAAGCAAGGCAUCGAGAUCGCUUUAAACUGUGGUUUACAGUGGACAAAGCACCUGCUGAUUGGGAAUACAGCCAGGGCUUCAUCAGUGCUGAGAUGAUUAAGGAGCACCUGCCUCCGCCCAGUGAUGACUGUAUGAUCCUCAUGUGUGGCCCACCUCCCAUGAUCCAGUUUUCCUGUAAUCCCAGUCUGGACAAACUAGGCUAUCGCCAAAGCCAGCGCUUUGCCUAUUAAACCUUUGUGGAUGACACCAAAAUGACACGACAGAUGCUGACUUGCUAUCACCAAAUCAAGCUAAUGCACAGAUAUAGCAUUAUAAAUCUAAGCGUGCAUAGCCACGUUAAAAAUGCAUUUAACUUUUAAGUGCCAGCUUAUAAUUGAUCGUAUAUUAAAAUCCCUUAAUACCAUAUAAAGAUGGUCUGCACUA